AAGCCGUGUUGCAGACAGAAUGCGGUGUGGGUUCCGGGCUCACGUUCUACUCCAGGAGCUCACACAAUGGAGCAGGAAGCAGACUUCCAGCUUUUCACAGACAUUCACAGGGUAGCGUUGGAAACCUCGGGAGUGCCACCGCUUUACUGGAAGAGUUUGCAUCAUAAACUCGCACAUGAGGUGUUCGAUGCAGGUGAGGUAUUUGGGAUCAUGCAAGUGGAAGAUGAUGAGGUUGAUGAAGAUGCAGAAGAGAAAAAGAUAAUACUUAACCCUGGCACACCACCUGUUUACAAAGUCAUUAUCACCAAAGAAGAUGGUCUUCAGGCUUCAGACAUUAAUAGCAUUUUCUUAGUUGAUCACGCCUGGACAUACCGAGUGGACCAAGCUCGUCAGCAGCUAUGGGAGGUCCCUGGCUUACUCCACCGAAUGGCCAAUCUUGCUGGGGUGGAAUUCCAUGGUGAGGUUCCUGAUGAUGAUGUUAUUGAUGAUGUGAUGGCAGAGAUGUGGAGGUUCAGCCACACGUACCAGCUGACCCAGGGGUCAGCUGAAGAACAAGUGCCAAUUUGGUAUGUUAUGGAUGAGUUUGGAUCGCAAAUCCAGCAUUCGGAUGAACCAACUUUUCGAACUGUCCCAUUCUUUUAUGGGCCAGGACAGACUGCCUUCAGUUUGUUGUGGCCACUGAGAGAUCUUGAUCAUGGUGAAGAGGUAACAUGGGAUCAUGCAUAUGGUGAACUAAAUCAACUCAUUAGGAAAUGCAGGCUAUUGCCUUGGGAACCAGCUGAUUUGAGGGAGGUUAAUACAAAUAUCAGUGAACCUCCAGAUGACUAUUACAAGGCUAUUUUAGCUGACAAUAAAGAAGUUUUACCACUUCCAAUAGAAACACCAGUUUAUCAGAAAGAUAAAAUUUUCAAGGUGUAUACAGAAUUUAAACAAGUUCUGGAGAACCUGAAUUCCCCGCACUUUGUGUUUACAGAAAAUGAAAAGGAGGCAGAUAUUCUUUACUUGUACCACCAUUUCAAAGACUACAGGACUAUGAGUGAGCAAAGGCCCCACGUCAUGGUGAAUCAGUUUCCUUGUGAAAAUUUGCUGACGGUGAAGGAUUGCUUGGCUGCUGUGGCGAGGCGAGCUGGAGGAGUGAAUGGUCCAAGGUGGUUGCCCCUUACCUAUAAUCUUAGCACAGAGCUACCACAAUUUAUUAGCUGUUAUCAACAACGGGAAGACAGGGGAGAGGAUAAUCACUGGAUCUGCAAGCCCUGGAACCUUGCUCGAGGUCUAGAUACACACAUUACCAACAACCUCAACUACAUCAUUCGUCAAAGAGAGAGUACACCAAAGGUGGUGUGCAAGUACAUUGAGAAUCCAGUGCUGUUUGACAGAGAAGAUGUAGAAGGCUUGGUUAAAUUUGACAUUCGAUACAUUGUUCUACUUCGUUCUGUCCAGCCAUUGCGGCUAUAUGCAUACAAUGUUUUCUGGCUCCGUUUUUCCAACAGGCCCUUCUCACUGGAUCAUUUUGAUGAUUAUCAGAAGCACUUUACAGUGAUGAACUAUGUUGAGGAAACCCGACUUAAGCAGGUCCACUACAAUGAGUUUAUUCCAAUGUUUGAAAAGCAAUACUCCAAGUAUCCUUGGAAGAAAACAGAGGAGGAAAUACAUAAAUCAUUUGUUGAACUGUUUCAAGUGGCUACAGCUAAACCUGCCCCCUUUGGUAUCUGCAAUUAUCCAUCGUCCCGAGCAAUAUAUGCUAUUGAUCUGAUGUUGAAAUGGGACACAGACAGCGAUGGAAAAUCGAUCAUGCAGCCUCAAAUUUUGGAAGUGAAUUUUAACCCAGAUUGUGCCAGAGCCUGCAAAUAUCACCCAAGCUUCUUUAAUGACAUUUUCAACGUACUUGUCUUGGAUGAAGUAGCUGGUUGCCCUGUCACUUGUUUAAGCUAAUGCUAAGGAAUCUCAUCUGUAAUUGUUUGGAUUAUUUGCAAAAGUUGUUAGAAAUCUUGCAGGUGGAGGAAGAUGGAUAAAUCAGUUAGCAAAUGUUGAAUGACUUCAGACAUUAAUUUCUCACAGCUCUGUAUGUUCUUAAAGAAAUUCUGAAUAUUACAGUCCUUUUGAGCAUUUUUGAAA